CCAACUGAGUCAACCAUGACUGGCAAAACACAGACCAGCAAUGUCACCAAUAAGAAUGAUCCCAAGUCCAUCAACUCCAGAGUCUUCAUUGGCAAUCUGAACACAGCCAUUGUCAAAAAAGGUGACAUAGAAGCCAUUUUUGCAAAGUACGGAAAAAUAGUUGGCUGCUCAGUGCACAAAGGUUAUGCAUUUGUACAGUACAUGAGUGAGAGGCAUGCAAGGGCAGCAGUGGCAGGCGAGAAUGCCAGGAUCAUUGCAGGACAACCACUUGAUAUCAACAUGGCAGGAGAACCAAAACCCUACAGACCAAAACCUGGAAACAAGCGACCACUUUCAGCUCUCUACAGACUUGAAUCAAAGGAGCCUUUCCUGUCCGUUGGUGGUUAUGUCUUUGAUUAUGAUUACUACAGAGAUGAUUUCUACAAUCGGUUAUUUGAUUACCAUGGUCGUGUACCACCGCCUCCUCGUGCAGUGAUACCAUUGAAACGUCCUCGUGUGGCUGUCACGGCAACUCGCAGAGGGAAAGGAGUUUUUUCCAUGAAAGGGGGAUCACGAUCUACAUCUAGUGGGGCUUCCACUUCAGGAUCCAAAUUGAAAUCAGAUGAGUUGCAAACAAUCAAGAAGGAAUUAACCCAAAUCAAAACAAAAAUUGAUUCCUUGUUAGGGAGACUGGAGAAGAUUGAAAAGCAGCAGAAAGCUGAAGCAGAAGCACAAAAGAAGCAAAUGGAAGAUAACGCUGAUCUUAUCCAAGAAGAAUGCAUAUCAGAGAAUGCAGAUAACUCUACAGAAGAACCAACUGAAGGAGGGCCAGAUGGAGAUGGAGAAGAGAUGACUGAUGGAAUAGAGGAGGAUUUUGAUGAGGAUGGCAGCAAUGAACUGUUUCUACAGAUCAAGUGAUGAGAUGUCAUGUGUGAUCCUUCUGGAGGCUGAGGAGAGAAACUCUGACUUCCCCUGAACACUGAGAAAAAUCUGAACUGCAGUUUCUUAUUAGCUAACAACACGUUUGAUCCAAUUUGUAUGAAACUCAAUUUACUUAUUAAAAUGGACACUAUGGUUCAAAUAUUAGAAAUUCCAUUUCUUAUAUGUUCUAAGCUGUACAAUUGUCAGAUUUUUAUGGUUUAGAUUGUAAAUGUGUUUUUCUCUGGCUAUUAAUUGGUAUUAUUUUUUUAAUUUUGAUGUCUUAAAGGCCAGUGUACUGUAUGAUACUAAUAUGAAGGACAUAUUUAAGAGGUGUGGGAGACACUGUAUACAAAUGUAUAUUUGUAAAAGCUAUUUUUAUGAUUAGCAUGUUUUACUGUUUAUCAUAUCUAAAGUCAGGUGAUAUUGCACUUCUCUGUUUACAGCUUAAUUCAAACAAUAUCAUGUUAUGACCUGAGUUAUGAUCAAAUGUUGUAUUUUCAUUACUUGAUUUAUUAUAUUCGUAAUUUAAAAUAAUUAUGUUUAUGUGAAGGGAUACUGUUGAAGGAAAAAGUGAUAGUUCUGUCUAUUCAUGGAUCAUUUCACUGUAACUGCUAAGACGUGCAAGUAUGUCAAAUAUUAGAUCAGUCUUUGAUAAACGGUAAAUUGGAUCCACUUGCUAAUCUCUUUUUCAGACAAACCCUCUGGGUGAUGCCAUAGAUUGGCACACUUGUUAUACAUGUAUCUGUUUAUAUCUCAAGACAGCUUGUUUUCAAUUAUGGAGAAGUUUGUGCCAAUGCAUGUCCCAUUAAAACUGUAUUCCAGAGAGGUAAAUAUUUUUGAUGUUACCAAUUUUUGAAAACUUCCAAAUUAGUUUUAAAAAUGUUUGUUUCACUUUCAGUCAAUAGAAUCUUUCCAUUCCUGAACCUUUCAAGCAGUCUCCAAAUGCUUGAAGUUGGAAUAAUUCAUUUUCACAAAGGCUGUAAGGGAAUUCAAUAUAUAAUUUCUUAAUAAACAAUAUUUCCUU